AUGUCCAUGGGGCAAGCUGAGAUCGCGAUAAGCGAUGCAACGUUACCCAUCGACAUGAAGUUUGAUUCUUUCACCCCAAAUUCGGACUCUAUGAGUACCUUAUCUCCUCUGAGCUUCUUGGAUGGUCUGAAUAAGAAAGAGAGGAAACGGAGAAGAGUAAUCGGUAAUCAUGACAAUACUCUCGACGGAUUGGUUGCCAAAAGAGUUGAUCUCGGGCCGGACACAAAAAGAUAUCAGACCGAGAAUGAAGCCAUUGAAUUGCCAGAUGAUGAGGUCGAAAUUAAGGUAUGCUACAGUGAGAUUUGAUGAGUGUGUGCUACUACAAGAAAUUUGAAUUUUGCGUCAUUCUAAUAUCCCCUCAAGUUUCAGCGUUUGGAAACAGACCCGGAUGUCUCGACUCGAAUGUGUUCCAUCUGCGGUUACCAAGGGAAAUGGGUGUCGGAAAUGGUAAGACACAAGAGAGUGCAUACAAGUGAACGUCCUUUCAAGUGCAAGUACUGUAACAGGACCAGCAAAUGGAAGGCCGAUCUGAUCCGGCAUGUUGCCAGUAAGUCUCUCGAAGGUUUUUGGACAUCGAACUAUUGAUAUUGUUUUAACGAGAAUCAAUAAUUUUUAUUUUCCAGAAACCCACGGUAUCCGUGUAGUCUCAAAAUACAGCCGUUCCAAGGCCUUCGACACACAGACGGAUCAAAAUACAAGACCCAAGAAGGACGAGAACAACAACAAGGUAAGAAACAUCAUAAUACAAUCUUACGCUGACUGAAACUCUAAAUAUCUCGUCUUCCAAACGAGUACAAAGUCUUGUAAAGCCUACCCAGAAUCUCUAUUUUUUUUUGUUUUCGGAGACAUUCUUGGUUCAAAUUUAAUGUAACUGUUUCCGUUGAAGCAGACGAGCUUAAGGGGCAAAAAGCUGAUUAAAGAAAGUGGAGAAUGUUUGACGUGAAGUGGGAGGCGAACUCAAAACACUUCAUGUUGAAACUUGCAGUUUCAGUACAAUUUGGGAAAUCCUUUAAAAGUCUACGUAACAAGCAAAAAGGCAAAUGCCGACUAAACAACUUAAAUUGGCAUAAUCAUAAGCAUUUAAAAUAAUAUAAAAAUAAUUUCAGAGCCCCUUCCUGUUCCAAUCGCCCGUCCAGGGUUCCCCCGCCUCCACUGCAUCCUCUUUAUCCCCAUCUACUCCAUUCUACAAAUGCCAAAGUUGUUUCUUCGAAUCAGAAUCUGUUGAGGGAAUCCAACAACAUCUCGAUGAUCGUCACAACCAGAAUCCAUUUGAUUGUAGAGCGUGUCAGAAGAGUUUUAAGGACAUUCGCGAAGUCUCCGCCCACUUUUUACAGUCGACUCUCAAAUGCACGGCGAUCUCCAUCAAGCUGAACUUCUCGAUCAACGAUUCUUCGAAGGCCUCGAGUCUUUUGACGGUGUCAACUUCUUCUGGUUUAGUCCAUUCGGAAUCUGAUAACGCUUCGACUUCUGGAGUCUCGUCUUGUGCCUCGAGUCGUGAUGAUUUUGAUGUGCCGAGAAGAGUCUACAACUGCUCGGAUUGCGCGUUCAAUUCCACUUCCGAAGAACAAUUCGAUCAGCAUAAGCAAGGGCACGAGCCGCCUAAGGGCUUGUUCACAUACAAGUGCGUCUUCUGCUCAUGGAAUUCAAAGAAAAAGUCGGCGAUUGAGAAGCAUUUGAACGUCCAUACCGCCGACCCGUCUCAAUUUAUGCCUCAGGUCGAGAAGAAUUUCCUGGCGCCAGUUCUGCAGCCAGUCCAGCCAGUUAGUUCAACCUCCUCGGCCUUGCAGUGUUUGGCUCAAUUGGCUCAACAAAGCCAAUUGUUUGGAGCCACUGCUCCUCAAUUUCCAAUGUUGCCUGAGGGCUUGAAUGCCUUUGGAUUACUGUCAACUUUAUGCAAUGCCCAGAGGAAUCAGCUGCCGGGGCCGUUGAUGGGAGCGGUCCCUGGCGGAAGCCCGAUGAAUUUUAAUGCAGUUAAAGAUGUAAGUUUAGAACCAUCUCUUUUUUUAAAGAAUUACAUAUUUCAAUCAAUUUAAUAUUUUUAUAUGAUCCAUGUUAACUGAUCUAUUUUCAGAUGCCUCAACUUCCAUUUAUGGCCUAUGGUCUUUGUUCUCUCCUCGGCAAUCUCUCAAAGCAAUCUCCAACCGUUACAACGCCCGCUAUCAACGGCCAAUCGGUCUCUUCAAGUCCGCUGACGGCCAAUUCCUUCGACCAAUUUGUCUAG